GGCGUCGGCGGCCGCGGCCGGGGACGGUGUGAGAGCGGUAAGAUGGCGGCCGCAGCGGUGGUAGAGUUCCAGAGAGCCCAGUCUCUACUCAGCACCGACCGGGAGGCCUCGAUCGACAUCCUCCACUCCAUCGUGAAGCGUGACAUUCAGGAAAAUGAUGAGGAGGCAGUGCAGGUCAAAGAGCAGAGCAUCCUUGAACUGGGGUCUCUCCUGGCGAAGACUGGACAAGCUGCUGAACUUGGAGGACUCCUGAAGUAUGUACGACCUUUCUUGAAUUCCAUCAGUAAGGCUAAAGCAGCUCGUCUGGUCCGGUCUCUUCUUGAUCUGUUUCUUGAUAUGGAAGCAGCUACAGGGCAGGAGGUCGAACUGUGUUUAGAGUGCAUUGAGUGGGCCAAGUCAGAGAAAAGAACUUUCUUACGCCAAGCAUUGGAGGCAAGACUGGUUUCUUUGUACUUUGAUACCAAGAGGUACCAGGAAGCAUUGCAUUUGGGUUCUCAGCUGCUGCGUGAAUUGAAAAAGAUGGAUGACAAAGCCCUUUUGGUGGAGGUACAGCUUUUAGAAAGCAAAACAUACCAUGCUCUGAGCAAUCUGCCAAAGGCUCGGGCUGCCUUAACCUCUGCUCGGACCACAGCAAAUGCCAUCUACUGCCCACCUAAGUUGCAGGCCACUUUGGACAUGCAGUCAGGUAUUAUCCAUGCAGCAGAGGAGAAGGACUGGAAAACUGCAUACUCAUACUUCUAUGAGGCAUUUGAGGGCUAUGACUCCAUUGAUAGCCCCAAGGCCAUCACAUCUCUGAAGUACAUGUUGCUGUGCAAAAUCAUGCUCAACACCCCAGAGGAUGUCCAGGCUUUGGUGAGCGGGAAGCUUGCACUUCGAUAUGCAGGGAGGCAGACAGAAGCAUUAAAAUGUGUGGCUCAAGCUAGCAAGAACAGGUCGCUGGCAGAUUUUGAAAAGGCCCUGACAGACUACCGGGCCGAGCUCCGGGACGACCCAAUCAUCAGCACACAUCUGGCCAAGCUGUAUGACAACUUAUUGGAGCAAAACCUCAUCCGGGUUAUUGAGCCUUUCUCUCGAGUACAGAUUGAACACAUAUCUAGCCUCAUCAAACUCUCCAAGGCCGACGUGGAAAGGAAAUUAUCACAGAUGAUUCUUGACAAGAAGUUUCAUGGGAUUUUGGACCAGGGGGAGGGCGUCUUGAUUAUUUUUGAUGAACCCCCAGUAGAUAAAACUUAUGAAGCUGCUCUGGAAACCAUUCAGAACAUGAGUAAAGUAGUGGAUUCCCUCUACAACAAAGCCAAGAAACUGACAUAGAGUUGGAUCUGUAGCGGUCCUUUGGAGAGUGUGUGUGGCGGGAGAGUGAAACCUUGGGGGAAAAUGCUAGGAGAUUCUUUUUUCUUUCUGUUCUACUUUUCGCUCGGAAAGUUUUUAAUCCUCAUUUGGUGCAUCUGUAUCCCAGCCGAUAGGUGGGCCAGUUCUCAUGUAAUCUUUACUGGCCCAACAUGGGAGCGGGGAAAUUGCUUAAAAAAAAAAGAAAAAGAAAAAAAAAAGAUUCUAAAUAAAAGGAAAAAGGCUUACACUA